AUUGACCAUCAACAGCACGGAGCCAUGCUCCUCCCACGGAUAUUUGCGCCCGCCCGGGCUUGCCUACAGCCUUCCUCGGUCACCCUUUUACCCUCACGAGUCCUCGAUUCCGUCCGCGCCGCCAAUGGCACAACCCCCACAGUUCUCUUUUUCGUGAGACACGCAUCACAUCAGUCCCAAGGACGAGCCAACGGCGCAAAAGAUGGACCUGGAAAGCGAUUGGGAGCCAAGAAGAGUGGAGGAGAAUAUGUUAUUCCCGGAAACAUCAUCUUCCGCCAAAGAGGGACUGCCUGGUAUCCCGGUGAAAAUUGCAAGAUGGGACGGGAUCACUGUAUAUUUGCUACAGAGUCUGGAUAUGUCAGAUACUACCGCGACCCGUUGAAGCACCCGAAUCGCCAGUACAUUGGUGUCGUUUUCGAGAAGGACCAAACCCUCCCAUACCCACAAAACGCAGCACGAAAGAGGAGAUUGAAUAUGAGCCCGGUGGUCAGGGAAAUAGAAUCCUCUUCUCUCGAGGGACAGGCCGUUGUUAUUGGUGAGGGAGCCGGUGCCGAGACCAGCGUGCCAGAGACACCCAGCGAGAAGCCAUUGAGGAAUCUUGUGAUGGGCAAAGGAUAUGCCUACCGCGAGGCCAAUUGGGAGAUUGGAAGGGCGGCCGAGAAAGCGAACGUUCAGGUCAGGAAGUUUAUACCUGGUGAUCGAUUCACGGCAUGGCGAAGGUCCGCUGCAAGAAUUGCGGCGAACAUCGAGAAGAGGAAGCUUAAGAACGCCGGUAAAAAGGCAUCGAAGCCUAAGAAGAAGAGGUGAACGAGUUGACGGUACAUUGCUGUAUAAAUAUUUGUAAAACGAGCGGGCUAUGAUGCCAUUUACAUUUUGACUUUUGCACGAUUUCGCCCUCAUGAUUCUUGUUAGAUAAAUCUUGUCUCUGAUAGACGUUACACAGUGAAAAACGGGGAAGAGACAUGCUCUAUGUUGUGUAUGGUACUUUAGCCAUAGCAAAUUAAGAUCUAUCACGCCAUAUAUAUUAUGAG